GCCUCUGCCUAUCCUCUCCGGUCUCCUCACCUCCCCAAGCACUGAAAGCAGCUGUUCCCGCUGUCCACGUCUGCCUGCCUGCCGAACCGGUUUCUUUUUUUACGCCGACGACACUUUCCCUGCGACCGACGCCACUAUGUCCAAGAGAGUCCAGACCAGCUACUCCGUGCGGUCGAGCUCGGCUCCGCGGAACUACAGCAGCGCGUCGUACAGCGGCCCGAGCAUGGGCAGCUCCCGCCAGAGCUACAGCGCACGGAGCACCUUCGGGGGGGCCAGCCGCGGCAUGGGGGGCGGCGGCGGCGGCGGCGGCUUCAUCUCCAGCAGCUCUGCCUACGGAGGCAUGGGGCUGGGCUCCAGCAUGUCGGGUGGCGGUGGCGGUAUGGGCAUGGGUGGCGGUUUCGGUGGAGGCAUGGGUUUCGGUGGGGGCAUGGGGGCCCCCAUCACCGCGGUGACGGUGAACAAGAGCCUGCUGGCCCCUCUCAACCUGGCCAUUGACCCCAACAUCCAGGCGGUCCGCACCCACGAGAAGGAGCAGAUCAAGGGCCUCAACAACCGCUUCGCCUCCUUCAUCGACAAGGUGCGCUUCCUGGAGCAGCAGAACAAGAUGCUGGAGACCAAGUGGAACCUGCUGCAGCAGCAGACCACCACACGCUCCAACAUCGACGCCAUGUUCGAGGCCUACAUCACCAACCUGCGCCGACAGCUCGACGGCCUGGGCAACGACAAGAUGAAGCUGGAGGCGGACCUCCACAACAUGCAGGGCCUGGUGGAGGACUUCAAGAACAAGUACGAGGAUGAAAUCAACAAGCGCACAGAAUGUGAGAACGACUUUGUGCUCAUCAAGAAGGACGUGGAUGAGGCCUACAUGAACAAGGUUGAGCUGGAGGCCAAGCUUGAGAGUCUGACCGACGAGAUCAACUUCCUCAGGCAGAUCUAUGAAGAGGAGCUGCGUGAGCUCCAGAGCCAGAUCAAGGACACGUCGGUCAUCGUGGAGAUGGACAACAGCCGCACCCUGGACAUGGACUCCAUCGUGGCGGAGGUGCGCGCCCAGUACGAGGACAUCGCCAACCGCAGCCGCGCCGAGGCCGAGACCUGGUACAAGUCCAAGUACGAGGAGAUGCAGACGUCGGCCACCCGGUACGGAGACGACCUGAGGUCCACCAAGACCGAGAUCGCUGACCUCAACCGCAUGAUCCAGAGGCUGACGGCCGAGAUCGACGGAGUCAAGGGACAGCGUGGAAACCUGGAGGCCCAGAUCGCUGAGGCGGAGGAGCGCGGCGAGAUGGCCGUACGCGACGCCAAGUCCCGCAUCAAGGACCUGGAGGACGCCCUGCAGAGAGCCAAGCAGGACAUGGCCCGCCAGAUCCGCGAGUACCAGGACCUCAUGAACGUCAAGCUGGCGCUGGACAUCGAGAUCGCCACCUACAGGAAGCUGCUGGAGGGAGAGGAGGACAGGCUGACGCACGGCAUCAAGUCCAUCAACAUCACCCAGCAGAGCUCGAGCUACGGCGGCGGCUACGAUGGCGGCGUGAAGAGUAGCUACCAGAGCGGUUACUCCAGCGGCUACGGUGGUGGCAGCAGCAGCGGCGGCGGCUACAGCAGCGGCGGCGGUUACAGCAGCGGUGGCGGCUACGGCAGCGGCCUGGGCGGCGGCGUUAGCUUCAGCUCCGGCAGCAGCGGCGGCGGUGGCUACGGUAGCGGAAGCUACGGCAGCGGCGGCGGCGCCAGCUUUACCACCCAGACCAAGAAGAACGUGGUGAUCAAGAUGAUCGAGACCAAGGACGGCAAGGUGGUGUCCGAGUCCUCCGAGAUCGUCGAGGAUUGAGCGGGUUAAUGGAAGUCGAGAGGUUGAGCUAGCUCCGUAGUUAGCGCUGUAGAAGGCCCCCGUGAUGUUUUCUACCUGUCCCCUAGUAGUUUUUUUUA